UGUGCGUUUAUGACGUGUUUUUUUCUGUAGUUAGCCAGCACGGAGCUGUUAGCUAUCCCAGGUCAACAAUAUGGCUGCACACCGCCUGUUCCGUGUAGCGUUUUUGCAGGUUUUCUUGGCCGUGUGGAUCCUGGACCUGUUCCUUGGAUGUGAAGGAACAUCGCUAGGUGGCGCAUGGAAGCAGAAGGAUGGAACUGAACAGCCUUUUCCUCAGGGAAACGCCGAGCUGGUCGACUAUGACGUCAGAAUCAAACGACAGGCACCUUCUAACGUCACAGAACCCGGUACCGGUGUCACCACAGACACUCCCGACAUGACUUUACUGGACUACAUCAUGGAACAGGGUACCGUGUGGCCCUUCUGGGUGGUGUUUGGCGCCACGGGAGGAGUGGUCGUCAUUUUCCUGGCCGUGUUCAUCUGCCGUGUGGCGACCAGGAAGGAAGAGACAGCCGAGGAGAGGAUGAAGAGAAUUCAGAUGCAGAAGCAGCUAGACAGUAAUUCAUAUAUUUGAGAGGAGCAGCUUCAAUAUCUUCUCCUUUAAUAUACUUAAAAACAUAAAUAAGUUCACUAUGAACAAGGCGACCAUUGAAUGUUAAUCUAAUUCAUGAUCUAUGUAUUAUUAAGAUGUCGUAAUCAUUAUCCCUGACAUAAAGUUAACAAUUAUCGAAUUGUGGACUAAAUGCAGCUGUAGGAUGGUGGUGAUUACAAGAUAAAUCCAUGGGUGAUCAUAAAAAGAGCAUGGGGUAUCUAAAUAUGACAAAGCAUCUUUUGCUUAAGUUUGAUAAAUGGUGCAUUUUCGUCAUCGCAUUGAUAGUAAACUUCGACUUUUACCUAUCAUGAUAAAAAAUUGAGUUUUCUAAGGACAUCCGUACACAACGUUUUAUCUUCAAGCUAUCGUAAUUGAUCUAUUAAUUGAUAGUGACGGUUUUAGUCAUUUUAGUCAUUAGUCAGAGUCUAAUUCAGGUGCUGUGCGAGGGUAACCUUGAACUUAUGUAAAAUUUGCAGUAAAUGAACAAUUCGUUAGAUGGCGCUUCUUAAACUUUAACAUGUUUUCAAGUGGUCGUUUUCAUGUGCACAUUUUCUUUUUUUUUAGUCACAACAUAAGUGGUAAAUGUCAUGUUUUCUGUAAGUCUUGAGUUGUGAUCAUAAAAUAUCAACGUGUCCUGAUAUUUAUGGCAGUUUUUGUGGUUUCUUCCACGCGCAGGAUAACUUCUGGAAUAAGGAAUGUAUGCCGUACAAUGUAGUAGGGGCAUUAUCAGUAAAUAGCUUUGAAUAAUGUUUAGAGUUAGAUGUUUAAAGGUUGCCGCCGCGCCGCGUGCCUGAGUGUGUGUUAGCGCCGAAGGCUAGUUAUAUUGGCUAUACAGAUACAGAUACAGAACACAAACGCAGAACUGAAGAAAUUUUUGAUUUAUUACCACACCCAUGUUUCAACCAUUCAUACAUGUCCCUUUAUUUCCAGUCUGAGCUGAUAACACACUAUCAAAAACAGUUCCUUCUGAGCUAUUGUGACAACCGCUUAAAUAGCAGUUACGAAGGAUACGACGUUGAUCUGCUUUUUAAAACACAGCUCUAGUUCUUUACAUGCCACAGAUUCUUACAUAGCUCCAUCAAACAUUUAUAUAACCAAACCAUUGCCAAUCUGCUGACAUCAUCAUCACCAUCAUCAUCAUCAUCAUCAUCAUGCUGACAUCAUUAUUGUGCAAUGGAAACUAUUUUACAUAGGAAAGGACUAAAAUCUUUUCAUCUUGAACUGUAUUCACAUACAGGUGCCUCAUAUGUGUACUUGGCAUGUUAUAUUGGCGCACAGUGUCUACUUCUUUGACAGAACUGACAUUCGUAAGACUUGUCCCAGUUGUUGUCUCCGAAAGUUCAGUUUAAGUAAACUUGAUAUGAUUCUGUGUCAUCAGCAGGACAUUGUGUGCCUAUACCUGUAUCGUAAUAAGUAACAAUAAUUAUAAUAAAAGUAAUAAAAGCAAUUACAUAUAUCGUAUAUAUCGUAUAUAUCAGGGAAAGUU